UUCAAAAGUUUGUGCAGAGCAAAUAUAUAUGCUUUUGAAAAAGAACAGACCAUCCAUUCCAUUCCCACAUUAUUGGCUUAUCCUUUCUCUUCUUUCUUUCUUUUUGCCUUUCCUUCUCUCACUCAUUACUGAUAACACAAACAAGUCACAGGAAAUCCUUCCUUUCUGCUUUUUCAUCUUCCCAUUUUCAUAGCUUCUUUAAUUAAUGAAUGCCAGUUCGCCAUUUGACAGAUUAAUCAAUCCACUCCCUUAAACUCGCUCAUCUUUUGGAUCUUCCUUCUAUACGCACGCACGCACACACUGUAUAGCCUUUGCAAAGGGUUACAUAGCGUUUGGACUGAAGAAUGAGAGUUGCAGUGGUUGGAGGUGGAAUAAGCGGGCUUGUUUCAGCUUAUGUUCUUGCAAAAGAUGGAGUUGAGGUUGUGUUGUACGAGAAAGAGGAAUACCUUGGCGGCCAUGCUAAAACUGUCUGCUUCGACGGUGUAGAUUUAGACUUGGGUUUCAUGGUCUUCAAUUGUGUAACAUAUCCAAAUAUGAUGGAGUUCUUUGAAAGUCUUGGAGUAGAUAUGGAAUUAUCUGAUAUGUCAUUCUCGGUUAGCUUAGACAACGGUAAAGGUUAUGAAUGGGGCAGCAGAAAUGGCCUGCCAGGUUUGUUUGCUCAGAAAACGAAUGCAUUCAAUCCAUACUUUUGGCAAAUGAUUCGUGAAGUCAUCAAGUUUAAAGAUGAUGUCCUCAGUUAUCUUGAGGUGCUUGAGAACAAUCCUGACAUUGAUAGAAAUGAAACAUUAGGGAAUUUUAUCAAGUCACGGGGUUACUCUGAGUUAUUUCAAAAGGCUUAUCUUGUUCCAAUGUGUGGUUCAAUAUGGUCCUGCCCUUCAGAAAAAGUUAUGAGCUUCUCUGCUUACUCUAUUCUCUCAUUUUGCCGUAACCACCAUUUACUUCAGCUCUUUGGCCGUCCACAGUGGCUUACUGUUAAAUGUAGAUCACAUUCUUAUGUCCAUAAGGUCAGAGAAAAGCUGGAAAGCUGGGGCUGUGUAAUAAGAACUGGCCACGAGGUACACUUAGUUUCCACUAAUGAUAAGGGUUGCACAGUGUUAUGUGGAGAUGGUUCUGAAGAACAGUACAGUAGGUGUAUAAUUGGUGUUCAUGCCCCAGAUGCUUUAAAAUUAUUAGGAAACCAAGCAACAUUUGAUGAAAAAAGAGUACUUGGUGCUUUCCAGUAUCUGUACAGUGAGAUCUUUCUUCACCGCGAUAAAAAGUUUAUGCCCCAAAAGCCAACAGCAUGGAGUGCAUGGAAUUUUUUAGGAAAUACGGAUAAUAAAGUAUGCCUGACAUACUGGCUUAAUGUGCUUCAGAAUCUUGGUGAAACAAAUCUACCUUUCCUUGUGACACUAAAUCCGGAUCAUACACCAGAUAAUACCUUACUAAAGUGGACAACUGGCCAUCCAGUCCCAUCCGUAGCUGCAUCAAAAGCUUCACUUGAACUUGAACAUAUUCAAGGAAGAAGAGGACUUUGGUUUUGUGGAGCAUACCAGGGUUAUGGCUUCCAUGAGGAUGGACUGAAGUCUGGCAUGGUUGCGGCCCAUAGUUUGCUUGAAAAAAGUUGUGCUAUUCUGAGCAAUCCAAAACACAUGGUACCUUCUCUGUUAGAAACUGGGGCGCGCCUUUUUGUUUCUAGAUUUCUUGGACAAUAUAUCUCUACUGGCCGUGUAAUUUUAUUGGAGGAAGGAGGCACGAUUUUUACCUUUGAGGGCACUGCGAAAAAGUGUUUCUCGCAAACUGUUAUGAAAGUUCACAAUCCCCAGUUUUACUGGAAGAUAAUGACACAGGCUGAUUUAGGCCUAGCAGAUGCAUAUAUCAAUGGCGAUUUUUCAUUUGUUGACAAAGAUGAGGGCCUUCUAAACCUUUUCAUGGUUCUCAUUGUCAAUAGAGAUGCUAAUAAACCUGAAUCGGAAUUGAAUAAGAGAAAGGGUUGGUGGACUCCAAUGUUAUUCACAGCUAGUAUUGCAUCUGCAAAAUUUUUCUUUCGGCACGUUUCGAGGCAAAAUUCUCUUACACAGGCUCGCAGGAAUAUCUCUCGUCAUUAUGACCUGAGUAAUGAUUUGUUUUCUCUGUUCUUGGAUGAAACAAUGACAUACUCCUCUGCUGUAUUUAAGACAGAAGAUGAAGACUUGAAAGCUGCACAGAUGCGAAAAAUUUCACUUCUGAUUGGAAAAGCAAGAAUCAAUAAGGAACAUGAAAUUCUUGAGAUUGGUUGUGGUUGGGGAACCUUAGCUAUCGAGGUUGUCAAACGAACUGGAUGUAAAUACACUGGUAUCACUCUAUCUGAGGAGCAACUAAAAUAUGCAGAAGAAAGAGUGAAGGAAGCUGGUCUCCAGGAUAGUAUCAGAUUUCAACUCCGUGACUAUCGCCAGUUGCCUGAUACUUGCAAAUAUGACAGAAUCAUAUCAUGUGAAAUGAUAGAAGCUGUUGGACAUGAAUACAUGGAAAAGUUUUUCAGUUGCUGCGAAUCAGUAUUAGCUAAAGAUGGGGUUAUCGUUCUACAGUUCAUUUCAAUUCCAGAAGAACGGUAUGAGGAGUACAGGAGAAGUUCAGACUUUAUUAAGGAAUAUAUAUUCCCAGGUGGAUGUUUGCCAUCAUUAACAAGGAUAACAACGGCCAUGGCUGCUUCAACAAGACUCUGCGUGGAGCAUGUGGAGAAUAUAGGAAUUCAUUACUAUCAAACACUCAGAUAUUGGAGAAAGAAUUUCGUGGAGAAUAAGAGCAAAAUUAUGGCUCUGGGAUUCAAUGAAAAGUUCAUCAGAACAUGGGAGUAUUAUUUUGAUUACUGUGCAGCUGGGUUCAAGACACUCACACUUGGAAACUAUCAGGUUGUUCUGUCGAGGCCUGGCAAUGUUGCUGCACUGGGCAAUCCAUACAAAGAAUUUCCUGCAGCUUGUUGAUCCUAUUAUAUUUAUACCCACAAUGGGAUACUGACUAAGGCAACACAGAAUUUGUAUUUUGGUCAAUUAUUUUAGUGUAACAAAACGAAAUUCGUAUCACCUCUUGUAAUUCAAUUUUCAAAACCCAAUAAUGAUGACGAGACAUACGGGCAGAUUAGAGUCAGCCACGAUAUGGCUGAGUUCAGUCAGAAAGACGAAAGAAUGAGUCAGUAGAUUUGCCUGUCAAACGGGUUGCAAAAUACACUUUCUUUCUAUUUCAGACAAAAUGUAAGGAGACAUUUUAUUAUUAUGUUGGUUAUUGAAAACUUCCUUUCUUUCUUGCU